AUGUUCGCCGUCCCAGGAUGGUCGCUGGAGAGCUCUGCUCUGAAGCAGCAGUCUCAAUCGACGCAAGCCCAAACCGAGUCGAAACCGGGCAACGAUACCACCACACCCAAUGGCAAGAACAAGGACAAGAAGCGCAAGCGUGAGAAUGUCACCUCGGGCAAUGUCAACGAGAUGUAUCGAAAGCACAUCGAGGGCCAGUCCGAGAAGCCCUGGAAGAAGAAGAAGCAGGAACAGCAGGCAUCUGCUGCCGUGCCCGCUGCUUCCCCCAAGACAGACAAGGAGGAAGUGAAGAAGGUUGCCACCAAUUCAGCUCAGGAAGAGGGUCAGGGGAAGAAAAAGAAGCAGAAGCAGCAGAAGAACAAGAACAAGAAGGACAACGAUACUCAAGAGGACAAGGUGAACGGCGCCGCACCUACUCAAUCGACCACCUCUGCUGCAAGCUCACUUGCCGCCCCGCCGACGACGAACGCAACCCUCACACCCCUCCAGCAGGCUAUGCGCCAAAAGCUGAUCUCCUCCCGAUUCCGCCAUCUGAACGAAACGCUGUACACCACCGAUUCUUCCAAAGCCGUCGAGCUGUUCAACGCCAACCCCGAACUGUUUGACGAAUACCAUGCCGGUUUCGCUCGCCAGGUCAAGGAAUCAUGGCCCUCUAACCCCGUCGACGGCUAUAUCCAGGCCGUCCGUCGUCGCGGGGCAGUCCCUGUGCCCAAAAGGGGCAAACCGCUGCCCAACAAGCCUCUCCCCCUACCCCGUAGACCCAAUGGAGUCUGCAAUAUUGUCGAUCUGGGAUGUGGUGACGCUGCACUUGCUCGAAACUUGACACCCUCAGCCAAGAAGCUCAAUCUCAAGCUGAACAGCUAUGACCUCCAGGCCCCUGACCCUCUGAUCACCAAGGCCGAUAUCUCGAAGCUUCCCGUGGAGGAGGGCUCCAUGGAUGUGGCUAUUUUCUGUCUGAGUCUCAUGGGCACCAACUGGGUUUCCUUCGUGGAGGAGGCAUGGCGCGUGUUGCGUAGUGACGGAAAGGGCGAGUGCUGGGUCAGUGAAGUGAAGAGCCGCUUCGGCAAAGUCACCCGCAAGAAGUCGAUGAUCGGAGCGCAGAAGCCGCUCAGCAAGACCCAACAGAAGAAGCAGAAGAAGAGCAAGAAGGACGACGACUCCGAUAUUGACGAGGAGGAUAUUUUCGCUGAAGAUGCCCGUCCUGCCAACGAUGAUGACGAGACCGAUAUCUCGGCGUUUGUGGAGGUCUUCCGGACCCGUGGGUUCAUGUUGCGACCAGAGUCGUUGGACAAGUCCAAUAAGAUGUUUGUCAAGAUGGAGUUUGUCAAACAGGGUGGUGCCCCGAUCAAGGGCAAGCAUGCUACUGGGUUGAGCGCACCGGCUCCUGGUGGAAAGAAGCGGUUCGUAGACCGCAAGCCGGCGGCUGAUAGUGGGAUGACGGCUGAGCAGGAAGCUCAAGUGUUGAAGCCAUGCGUGUAUAAGAUUCGGUAG